AUGAGGUUGAUGACAAAAAGAAGAAAGAUCUGCUCUACAAAGGUUGAAAAACAGGGACGACAUAGUCAUAAAAAAGCAGACAAAGGAUCCACAGUUGUUGUCCUCGACAAACAAGCGUAUUUAGCUGAAGCCAACAGACAACUGACAGACGAUCGUUUCUACAAGAAACUGGACUUUGAUCCUACUGAAAAGUUUUCAGCUCUCAUCACUAACACCCUGGACAAAAUGUAUGAAAAUGAUGAGAUUGGUGUUAAUGUUUAUGGAACGCUUCGCCCAACCAACUGUAGACCGGGCCAAUUUAAUCUGCUUCCAAAAAUCCACAAGGAAGGAAUGCCUGGGCGCCCUAUAGUCAGUGCCAUCGGCCACCCCACGGAGAAAAUAUCUGAAUUUAUAGAUUUACAUCUCCGUCCACAUGUAGAAGAUUUGCCAUCAUACCUCAAGGACACUACAUAUUACCUGAAUAAAACACCUUCCUCUGGCCUGCCAGACCAUACUCUUCUCGUUACAAUGGACGUCACGUCCUUGUACACGAAUAUUCCUCACGAUGAAGGUAUCGAGGCCUGCAGGGAGGUAUGGGACAGUAGAAAGAUUCAGCAGCCGUCAACCGAAUCUCUGCUCGAGCUCCUUGAACAUGUUCUCAAGCUGAACAAUUUCAUGUUUAAUGGCGAACAUUACAUACAAAUAAGUGGUACAGCUAUGGGCACCAAAAUGGCUCCCUCUUACGCCAAUAUAUUUAUGGGAAAAUUGGAACGCAACCUGCUUCUCAGAGCUCCUUUCAAACCUUUGAGCUGA